AUGUGUCGUGUCAACGGUUUCCAUCCUGCCUUCCACGUUUCCAACAUCCGAUUCCAAAAAGGAACAACACGCAGACCUCGUGGCACGCAUUUUUUAAGUUCUCCAAGUCAAAUCAGUGUUCAUAUGGUUCUUUUCAUACUUACACUACUCUCAGAAGCAUACCUACCUCCUACAGACAAUAUUAGUGUCUCUCCUGAUGUACAAACCGACAGCGAAAACGAAGCGCAGGAAUUUGGUUGGGAUCACAACGACAGGAAUAUCCCCAACACAUGA